AUGUCCAGCAAAUUGGAUUACCUUUCCAAAUACAUCUCAUCCGAGCAGGACAGUAAGUCGAAAAAGAAGAGCAAGAAGAAAAAGAAGAAAACGAAGCAGAGUAGUGACUAUGAGGAACCACCCAAGCUACCAGUAAAAGAAACUUCUGUAUAUGACGAGGAUGACGCCAUUCAAUUCCCCAAGGGUGACUUGGCGGAAGAUGACGAUGACGAUGAUAUCAUGGCCAUACCCGAAGAGGAUCGACCGACCAUUGUGAGUUCGCAAGACUUGGGGGCGCAUGGUGAUUUGCUGUUACCAAAAGUUCGAGUUCAGUCUCGUGGUAGUUGGAAGACGACGACCGCUACUGGGGCCAGCACCAGCAAUAACAAUAUCCAUGGUGAUGCCGAUAAUGUCAAUGCCGAUCCACAUCCAUCGCGACGUCGCCGAUACGAUUCUUCCGAUGACGAAAGCAACCAACGACGUCGGCCCAAAAGACGGCACGAUUCCGAGGAUGAAAACAAAAAGCCGACAAUUGAUAAUCGCAGUGCCUCUCCACCACAAAGACGUCGAUAUGACUCUGAAGAGGACGGACCGGAGGCCAAACCUGAGGAUACGCACCGACCACGGCGACGAUACGAUUCCGAUGACGAGAGCGAUGGAAAGAAUGGCAAACCUGAUGAAGCUAUGCGUAAACCUAGAAGACGAUAUGACUCGGAAGACGAUGAUGAAGACCCAAAACCAAUUAAAGAACCACCGAAGGAAGAAGACACAGGAGGUGGUGAUAUGAGACGAUCAAGAAGGAGAUAUGACUCCUCGGAAGAUGAAAAAGACGACAACAAAAAGGAAUCGUCGUCGCCCCAGCAUCACCAUCGGUAUGAUUCCGAAGAAGAGGGCUCGUCCGGUCGCAGGAAACGCCGAAGGUUCGACGUGGAAGUCAACAAUGACGAGACAAAGCCACCCAAGGAAAAAUCACCAGAGGCUCAUCCAGAUGUCGCAAAAUCAGAUGGCAAUGCAAGAAGCAGACGGUACGAUUCAGAGGAUGACGACGAGGGGGAGAAUUCGAAUGACAAUGGUGGCCGGCGCCAACGUCGUCAACGAUACGAUUCCUCGGAUGAUGAUGAUGACGAUAACGUUGAUAAAGAUAAGAAAGGACGCAUGUCAUCUGGUCACAAGGCUGGAUUGCAAAACUACAAGGACUUUAACAGUGCCGAAAAGGUAAUUCAACAACGCAAGCAGAAUGACGCACAGGUCAUGGUGGACAAGUACGGUAUGGGGGAGACUGUGUACAGGGAUGCCAAAGGGAGGCGGACGACCAACACGGAAACUCCUGGGCAAUCCGUCGAGCAACAAGAGCAAAUUAAGAAUCUGAACGAAGGCAAGCUGCAGCGCUUGGAACGAGAAAGAAAAGCCCAGGAAAUGGUCAAUUUACAAAAUUCCACAUUUGCCCGUCACGAAACUGACCAUCGAUUGGAAGAUAUGCGAAAAAACGAAAUUCGAAAGGGGGAUCCCAUGGCGGCCUAUGCCCUCAAGAACGAUUCCAAGAAAAAGAAGAAGAAGAAAAAAAGCAGUAGCAAGCGAGGAAAUGAUGCAAAUAUGGAAGAAGAUGAAAAGCCAACCUACAAAGGGCCGCCACCAAGACCGAAUCGAUUUGGAAUUCGACCGGGGUACCGCUGGGAUGGUGUGGAUCGUGGGAAUGGGUGGGAGGACAAGCUAUUGGCAAAGCAGUACAUGGCCAAAACGAAACAAGAGGAGGCGUAUCGUUGGCGUUCGGCAGACAUGUAA